AGGAAAUCGCACGUCGCCUAAAGCAUCUAGAAGAUGUUCAGUCUACUACUGUAGAUUCACUCAUCAUGAAGAUUACACAGUAUGGCAGUCGGCGUGUGCAAGAUUUUGACAAGUACGAAGCCCUUCGGCUGUCAGAACAACUCGCUUCUGUGGCUAAAUCUACUGCACAUGAGAARGCUGCAAGUUACGACAUWAUUGCCGCCUCGUUACGUGAGAAAAUGUCUUCUCCAGCCCUCCAAUUUAAAGCUUAUUUUCUAGCGCUUUUAGCGGAUAAAGAGUUCACAAGAAUUAUCGAUWCCAUCUCCAAGGUGGACAAGUCAUUUAAUCGCCCAGCAGCGGCUUCAGGAGGAAGAGGACGGGGUGGUUUCUAUAGAACUUCCCCAUACAGCCGGGUAGUAUGUUACAAGUGUGGCACCCCAGGCCACAAAUCUCCACAGUGCUGGUCACGCCGACCCCCUCAAGGUGGUCAACCCCAACCUCUACUACGAGGUCAGCAGCCACGUCCUCCACGCCCAUAGUUACAACUGGAGAUUUUGAUUUAACUAUGCUAUUCAUUUCCUCUCUGUGUCAAUAUUAAAUUAUUUAAUCUGCCUA